GCAACAUCCUAGAACUGUGUCUUGGGUGGUGGUGGUGGUGAAUUAUUAGCCAACAAAAUGUCUUGUAAAUGAGAACAAAAUAAAUGAUUUGAAAUAAAGCGACGAUGGAGGUCGACUCAGUGUUCUUCACUGAUCGUAGCGCGAAAGUCACCAGUAACCCGCUGCUGGACCAACUUCCCAGCUACCAGUCACUGUUAUACCGCAGGAAGUCAUCGACGACGGGCACCAAGCACAGAAACAGCUCCAGAACGCGUUUAUCAUCCUCGAACAGCGGAGAAUGGAAAUGGGAAAUAAAACAGAGGAAUCAGAUGGAGCAAAGACCCAUCAGAGAACUUGCCAAGAACAUGGCUGAAAAACGCAGAGACAAUGCACAGCGUCUGGAGCAGACUCAAACACUCAGCAGUUGGAGGAAGUGGAGGAAACGUGUACGCCACUACGUGAGGAGGCUGAAAGAUGAUGCCCAAGAAUGGCUGAGCUCCAUGAAACUCUGGAGGAGCGACAUCCACCUGAUCGAGGGGAUGUUUGGAACGGGGAUCCUGUCUUACUUUUCUUUCUUACGGUUCCUGGUGGUGCUAAACCUGAUCAUCUUUCUGCUCAUGUUCAGUUUCAUCAUGUUUCCCAUCAUCAUCACCCCCUACACUUCAGGGAACAUCACCUACAACCAGGAUGAUGGGGGCGACUGCCGUGUGUAUCCCAACAGCGCUCGUCAAGGUCUGGUCAAUUACCACAAGCACAUUACAGAUCUGCUGUCUGGAGAAGGCUUUCUGGAGAGGACCUAUCUUUUUUACGGGUUCUACAGGGUCGACAAGAUCCACUUCCCAAAGGUCACUUACAACUUGCCGCUGGCCUACCUGCUGGUGACUCUGGCCUACCUCUUCCUUAGUCUCAUCUGGAUUGUUAAACGGUCAGCCACAGGUUUCAAAAAUAACCUAGUUCAGGAUGAAGAUCCCUUUCAGAGUUUUUGCAACAAGAUCUUUGCCGGCUGGGAUUUCUGUAUCACCAAUGAGAAUACUGCACGGCUGAAGAGAAGCAGUCUGCUCUACGAGCUCCGGACGGAUUUGGAAGAAGAGAGGAUCAAACAGAAAAUAGCGGAUCGAACGCGUAAAGAGAAGUGUCGGAUUUAUGUCAUCCGCAUCAUCUUGAACGUUUUCGUUAUGGCCAUACUGGCCGGUUGCUUCUACAGUAUUUAUUACGCCACCAUCACCUCCCAGCAAGCAGAGAUGGAAAAGAAAAAUUUCAUUGGGGGCCUGUUUUACGAGUAUCUCCCCUCGAUCGUUAUCACCUUAGCCAACUUCAUCACCCCCAUCCUCUUCUCCAUUAUCAUCAACUUUGAGGACUACUCCCCUGCAUUUGAAAUCCGCUUCACUCUCAUCAGGUGUGUCUUCAUGCGGUUGACCAGUAUUGGGGUUUUGCUCUUCUCGCUUUGGUCUCAGAUCACUAAAUGCGACAAGGAACCUUGCAAAUGUGGCUACAACCACAUACUCUACUCUUGUUGGGAGACCCGUGUGGGCCAAGAGAUGUACAAACUCACCAUCUUUGACUUCAUCAUCAUUGCUGCAGUCACUGUUUUUGUAGAAUUCCCUCGAAAGUUGAUAGUCAUGUACUGUGACUGUGGCUUUGCUAAGUGGUGGGGUCAGCAGGAAUUUGCAAUUCCUCAGAAUGUGCUGGAGAUCGUCUACGGUCAAACCAUCUGCUGGAUCGGUGCCUUCUACUCCCCGAUGCUGCCAGCCAUCUGCACCAUCAAGUACUUCUUCAUCUUCUACAUCAAAAAGGUAUCACUGAUAAACAACUGCCGCCCAGCCACACGUCCAUUUCGAGCUUCCAGCUCCAACUUCUUCUUCCUCGGCGUGCUGCUGAUUGGUCUGGCGAUGGCCUGUGUGCCCGUCACCGUCAGCAUCGCACAGAUCAGCUGCUCCCAGGCUUGUGGACCAUUUGUUAAUUACACCACUUCCUGGGAGGUUGUCCCUCGAGCCAUUUCCGGGCUGCCUGAUGGUGCGCAGACGCUCCUCUUUGCUCUGUCCUCAGAGGCCUUUGCUGUCUCCUUCUUUGUUGUCACCUGCCCGGCUAUGUUUUACGUGAUCGCACUCGCUGGAGCUUACAAAAGACUCAUCAGCCAGCUGAGGGAGCAGCUCGCCAUGGAGGGGCGUGAUAAACGUUUCUUGAUGCAGAAGGUGUGCCAGGCUCAGAGGCUGUCUGCCAUCAGGUCUCUGGGCUCCAGACCCAAACCCAGCAGCAGCAGCUGCAGAAGCCCCAGCUACCACACCAGCUUCUCCAACAACUUCAACGAAGCUCUCUUCCUGGCACACUCAUCCCCCGACUCGGCCACGCACGUGUGAGGCCGCUCCCUGAUCCCAGCCUGCAGAGCAGCGAGCAGGCCUCUUUUUACUGUUACUUUUCAGUGCUGCUUUGAGGUAUUUCUGUCCAGUUAAGAACUGUUAGACAUCGUAGUGUGCAAAGCCAGGCUUUAAAGUUAAAUACUUUUGGUGUUUCAGAGUAAACAUCCCCAAAGUGCGUGCAGAGACGAUCCUGCUAGCAGCACACUUUAGACAUGAAAUGGAUCUUUUUUCUUAAAUUAUUUGAGGUGAAGUACAUCGUAGUCAUCUGAAGGUCUGCUUGCUCUGUUCGCGCCCAGCUCGUCCCUGCCUGCAGUGCCACCAAACCGUUUCAGUGUGCACUGCUGUGAUUGGUCAAAAUCCCAGGGCGUGUUGUAGCAGACACACCCACAGGGUCUGUGCAGUCCUCACACCAGUCCACGUCCCUUAAGAGGAAUCUGUGUUCGGAUACAAACUUUGUGUUUUAUAUGACACAUUAAAGCGUGUGUGUGCAAACUGUAACUUUCACACCAAAACAAUCAUUCCUGGUAGACUGUUUUUAGUUGUUUUUGUGAACGUGUUUGUAAAACAGUUCUGAAAGUUCUGCACUUUAAAUAUAUUUAGACUGGAGAUGUCUUAGAUUUACCGUUUGUUCAUGUUCUGCUCUUUGUUGUCUCUUUAAUUAUAAAGUCUCUUUAAUUAUAAAGUGUUAAAGCUGGAUGUGCAUGUUUGCUGCCUCCCUUUGCUCUGAUUGGCUAUUUCUUGUGUCUCCAGGCUGGUGAUUGGCUUAACACACCUAAUUAAAUGAAUUUAGGUGUGGGCGGAGCAGUGACAAGUGUGAGGGUGUAAAUGGUCUGUGAACCCAGAUGACUGUAAACUCUUUAUGCAAGUACUGACAUGUUUAAUCGAGUGCAGACUUCUGCCACGGUGGAAUAAUCGUGGAAUUUAUUUUGUUGUUUGGAUUAACAGUUUUAGUGGAGAUUUGUCUUUUUUGCUGUAGUUUAUCACUUCAUUAACACCAUUGCCGUCUACACAUUUCACUAUUAUAUGUGACUGUCAGGUCUCAUAUGUGGAUGAGUUUUGGAGGAUUUGAUGAUGUUUGAAAAAAGUUUCAUUUCAGUGUGAAAUAAGAAAUGAUCCAGAAUCCACAUCUAGAUCCUGAUCAACUGCAUUCAUUUUAAUAUCAGUCCACCAAGUUUUGUGUCAUUCUAAGGCUUUUUUCUUUGUAUUUUUACACCUUUAAUGACAUUGUAUUGUUGUUAUGUGGGAACAGUAGUUGUAAUUGUUUUUUAUGACUGUGGUGAGAGUAUGUUUAUGAUCAUAAUAUAUUUACAUGGGAAAUAAAUGCUAACUUCACAAACCUU